AUGGAUGAGUAUGUACCAAUCUACAAUACCCAUAAAAGCAAGCGCACGUAUUCUACCUGGUUUACUACCGACAUUAUAAAAACAUUAAAAGAAAAAUAUCGUAAUUUUCGGAAAUGGAAGAAAACUGGUUGUCUGACGGCAUGUGCAACUUAUAAAGAUCUUCGAACUAUCACCAAACGAGAAAUUGAUCGAGCAUAUUCCAACUAUUUAGCUGAAAUUCAAAAUUCAUUGUGCACAAACCCUAAAAUGCUCUGGCACUAUAUCAAUAAGAGAAACGUUUCUAGUCGCAUCCCAGGUAUUAUGACAUUUGAGAAUAAUGAACUAAAUAACACUACAGAUAUUGUAAAUGGGUUUGCAACAUUCUUUAACAGUGUUUAUACAAAUUCGGAAAGUUCUUGCGAGCCAACCACUGACACUAACUCUUUCUUUACAACACUACCUCAACUGGAUGAAACAGAUGUGUUAAAAGCGAUGAAGAAACUGAAGGACAAACUCACUGCUGGACCUGAUGAAAUACCUUCAUUCUUAAUAAGGGAUUGUGCAUCGGUGCUUGCUGAGCCGUUGACCUUUAUUUUUAAUGUUGCCAUUAAGACUGCCACAUUUCCAGAGUGCUGGAAAACUUCUAAAAUAUGUCCGAUCUUUAAGUCAGAAAACACUAACAAUAUUGAGGAUUAUCGCUUUAUUGCUAUAAUAUCAAACUUUGCAAAAAAAUUUGAAAUGUGCAUUUUUGAAAAAUUGUUCUAUCAGGUCAAACGCUUAAUUGUGGAUGAACAACAUGGAUUCAUUCCAAAUAGAUCUACAGUAAUAGAUCUUGUUUGCUUUUUGCAAUAUACAUAUAAAGCUAUCGAAGCAGCCUCUCAAGUUGAUGCAAUCUCUAUGGAUUUUUCAAAAGCUUUCGAUAGGAUGGACCACCAAAUACUCUUAACAAAACUUUCUCAGUUUGGAUUUAGCAGCCAAUUUGAAAUGUCUACUACAAUCAUACCUAUCUGGGCGUACACAGUACGUAGAGUAUCAUGGUCUUCAAUCCUAUCUUUUCUCACCAUCUAG